AUGAAAUUAUUAAUAAUUGAAGAUAUUUGUAUUAUUGAAUUCCGAAUAAGAAAUUGCGAACAAAGUUGAUUUAAAUACAUAGAAUUAAUAAUGACGCUUUUAUUAAAAAGCGUUUGGCGAAAUGUGCUUAAAGGCAGCCCCCUCGGCAAAUCACUGCGAAACAGGACCCUCUCAUCUAGUAUAGCAUCUACAGAAGUGACGAGGGGAGGUUCCUGUGACGUCGUGAUGUCCAGCAUCAUGGCGGCACCCACGGCGGCGGAAGUGCUCGCGACUGUCAACAAGAACAUGCCCACCAUGACACACAAGCACAUGCUGCAGGCUCUGCGCUCACUCUUCGAGCUGCAGAAGUCAGGCAAUUUAGCAACGGAACCGGAAACACUAGUCGCAAACCCACUAUUCGGCGAUUUAUGUCAGAACUUCAAAAAGCACGCGCGGGCGCUCGACGUCAACGAGGCUAUUGAAGCCACGAAAGUGCUCUCCUUCCUGAAAGUUCCUGCAGAAUCCGUAGUGGUGCAGACCAUGCUGCAGAUCAUCAGGUGCUACAUCAACAUGAUCAAUGUCAGACAAAUCAUGUUCCUCGACUACUUAUUGACCAAAUUCGAAGGUUCCAAUCAUUUGGUCGAUGCAUUGAAGCUUGCUUUACCAUUAGCCUUUCAAAUUCAUCUGCCGCUUGAGAUGGACAGCAAAGACCUGCCGAUGCUGAAAGACAUGCUGGCGUUUAGCUGCACACACGACCUUCCAGACAGAUAUAUCGACGACAUAGUCACGGCGCUGCUCCUCCACGACCAGACUAUCGACGCACACGUCGCCAAGUCCAUCAUAUGGUCGCUAUGUCAAGUGAACUGCACGGAAGACGUGUUCCCCACGAGAGCACAGCUCCUGCACAUUUGCUACGAUAUUCUAACGCAGUCAAUCCGCCAGCUCCGUUAUGAAGAAAUAUUGGCGACGGCGGCCAGGAUCAAGGGUCGGAUCCUGGAGAAACACCCGGAGUAUUACCACGAGCAGCUCAUGGACGCCAUCGCUAACUACAUGGUGGACCAUAAAGUUUGCUUCGAAAAGGGGCUGCUGGUGGCACGCAUUAUGUCGAGGAUAGCUCACACACAUCUAGGUCUCAUUGGCUACCUGUGCCAGCAAGCGGCAUCGAACCCCACUACAUUAUCGUCAGCGCGCCCCAACAUCUUAUUUGGCUUCAUCAACUGCCUGUCGAACAAUAACUUCACACCGGAGGAACCGCAGUGGGAGGAAAUCAAACUACAGAUGUCUCGGAACCCAGCGUUCGAUGGCAAAAACAGCGCACUGCCCUGGGCCAAGAUAUGCCUGGAGCUAGCGUCGCUGGGAUAUUACGACGACAGAAUACUAAAGAAAGUGUUCUCCAAAGAGAAUAUCAGUGAUUUCUCGGACAAGGAGAACAACGUGUUGGACUACCUGCAGCUGCUGACGCUGUACGAGGCGGUGCGGUCGUUCCACGACGAGGACUACACGCUGCCUGCUGAUCUGCAUGACAAGCUGAAGUCUGUGUACCCGGUGCACGGGAAGACGGACAUGCUGGAGGAACACCUGGCGAUAGGCCUGGGGGGGCCGGGGUACGUCGUCAAGAAUGUAGUGCUGCCUAAUGGAUUUAUUGCUGAUUGUUUGAUAUGCCUGAAGGGCGGCUACCCAAUCGAGUUACAAGUCGCUGCGGGUGACCUGAAAGUUCCGGUCGAAUAUCUGAAUAUACCAAAAGACUGUGUACCGAUAUGCGUCUUGAACUUCCAACCAGGGUGCUUCUCAAUGAACAGCAACCGUCUUCGAGGUACCUUCCGCCUGGUGCUGGACAUCCUAGAGAGCCAAGGCUACAUGCCCGUCGCAGUCAACGUGAGCGAGUGGCUGUCUGCGCCGGCGCACGAGAGGACGCCCUACCUCCUGCGUGAGGUCGGCUACAAGUGCGGGGAAAUAGGCAUGAAACUCGCCGCCAGCUGA